UACAAAUCACGGCACAUACACACAUAUAUAUGCAAAUGCUCACCGAGCCGCUGACUACUUAAACUUAAAAGAUAUGCAACUUGCGUGGAUCGUAAACAAAAUCUGCAAUUAUUUUAUUUAAUUGUUUUUGCAUUUAAGUGUGUAUGUAUGCGGGCGUGUGUAUGGGCUUUGCCAAGGUGCUGUCGAUGGUUAGAUAUGUGGGUAUAUAAAGAAGUCUUAAGAACUUGGCAGUGAGUGUAGUGUAUAAAGACGGCAACGCCAAGGCACCGAGGAUCUUUCAACAGACAACAGUUACACGGAGCACACGCGAAAGACACUUGGUGUUCAAUAACAUUCUAAAGGAACAAAAACACAAAAUUUCUUGAAAAGAGGAAAAUAAAAAUGAUUUUAAAAUUUUUGAUACUUACGACAUUGCUGAGUGCCGGUAUACAGGCUAUACCUAACGUGGAGCAAAAUCCCAAUCGUCCGUCAACGUUCCAAGAACAAGUAGCUGCUUGGGCCACACACCACGCACCGUUCAAUACCAUAUAUGGAGUUGUGGCAGGGUCACCAGUUGGUCAACAGCAAGUUGGCGCCGUGGCACAGUCCGAUAGAACCCAACAAACAGCUUUUAGUACGCACUCAGCUGUAGUUGGCAAUGCUGGCGUGCAAUCAGCUCAUUUUCCGCCUGCCUCAGAGCAUGCUGCAGUGCACCACGUCGAAGAAAAUGGUGUGAAAAUGGAAGAUUACGAUGCCUACCACGAUUAUCUAUCCUACUAUGAGGACCAAGUCACUGCUUUUCCACUACACGAUGAAGAGGACUCCGAUGAGGAACAGGAGGUUUGGCCGCCAGUUGGCAUAUUUCCACCACCCCCACCGCCGCCAAUAAGACCAACAUAUCCAUCAUAUUAUCCAACAACAAAACCACCAACUCGUCCCACAACUGUACGUCCACGCCCGCCACAGUAUCCUCCACUAUAUCCACAGUAUCCCACACCACCUCCGAAACCACCACAAUAUCCACAAUACCCAAUAAGUCAGUUGCCACCGCUGCCACAUUAUCCACGACCCACAACCGCACGGCCCACUACGACUCAACGCCCCACUACCACAACCACGCCAAGCUACCAGAAACCUGGUGGUGGUGGUGACGAUGCUAUCGUGUUGGAGAAUUACCAAAUCAUUUCCGAUAAAGGCAUUAACGAAUACAAACUGCGUCUGAGCAAUGGCUUGUCCGAUUACAAGAAGAUAACGAAGAAGCAUAUUGGCAAGGAUAUAAUUUAUGUGCAGUCCGGUUACUACUCGGUGCCGGUCGAUCCAAAGAAAAAUAAAUUCAACAUAAUUCAUUAUAUUGCCGACGAGAAGGGCUACCGGAUUGUUGGAGUACAACCUUGUUCAAGUGUGCAUCAGUGUAAGGCUUUGGAGGAGUGAAGUUGUUGAAACAAACAGUAUUACAGUUCGAACCGACUUUGUGAGAAAUUAUAUCUAAUUCUAUAUACACAUGUGCCGAUUUAUUGAAUAAUUAACAUUCCUUAAAAACAUUAAUUGUGUUUCUUUUGAAAAAGAAGAAAAUAGGUUAUAAAAUUACAAUGUUUACCAAAAAUAUGUUGACCUUCAAAUAUUUUCCUUGAACGCUAGAUUUUA